AUGCUGCAGUGUAAGCAUGCUGAGGAGUUCAGUUUUGGUCCCCGGGCCCUAAAGGAUGCCCUCAUCUCCACCAACCCUGUUCUGCAGGAACUCUAUGCUAAGGCUUUUUCCACCACGGAGAGGCUUUUUCUCUCUGAAGCGUACAACCCACAAAGGACCCUCUUCUGUACCUUGGUCAUCAGGACUGCCUUUGACUGGCUCCUAAGCCACCCUGAUGCUCCAGAAGACUUUGAGACCUUCUACCACUCCCUGCUAAGGAGGAAACAGAGCAUGUACCGGAAGCAUAUUUACCUACAGCCAAUAGGUACUUUGGAUUGGGGGAAUGUGUAUAGCAUUUUGACCUUCCUGAAAAACAAUAAACCUAUGGAUGCCCUGUGUGUGCUGGGCCUCACGCUCAUGGACCUAUACCCCUGUGAAACCUGGAGCUUCACUUUUGGCAAAUUCCUUCCAGGACAAGAAGUGGGAGUAUGCAGCUUUGCCAGGUUUUCAGCUGAUUUCUGCCACGCUCCAGGGGCUGAAGAGAUGCCAGAGAUCUCCCUGAGGGUCCCGGAGAUAACUCUACAGGACAGAAAUCGGACAUUAUUUUUCACCAUUCUGGAGAUGGUUCAGUGCUGCAAGGUCGCCUGUCAUGAAAUCUGCCACCUGAUUGGCUUAGGGAACUGCCGCUGGCUGAGCUGCAUUAUGCAGGGAGCCCUGAGUUUGGAGGAGGCCCUUCUCCGGCCCCUGGAGCUUUGCCCCAUCUGCCUCCGAAAGCUGCAGUAUUUUAUUGGAUUCAAGCUCAUUGAGCGAUACAAGAAACUCUAUGCUUGGAUUCAAACUGUGGCUGCGACGUGGCCCAGUCAGGAGGCAGGAGAAUUGUCUGUGUCAGAGGAUGUCCUCCCCUUCAGCUCGGACUCGGGAAUGGGCUGUGAGAAUGACUCUGAAGCGGUCACCAGCCUGUCCGAGCCUCUCACCCCAGACACAUGCAGUCAUGCUUUCUCCAUUGGGCAGGAGCUCGAGCCUGAAGAGGGACUGUGCUCUCUGGCUGACCUGGACAGUCAGCAACAGCUAGGAGACCCCGCCGGCUCUUCAGAUGUCAUCAAAGAGCAUGAACUCUGGCUGGCGACAUGCAUCUCUGCCCUGGAGAGGGAUGUUUCUGAGGAAGAGCUGGCUGAAGUAGAUGGGGCUGUGGAUGCCCUUGCAAGGUGGGAGAUGUUCACAGGACAGCUUCCAGCCCCCAGAAAGGAUGUGCCUUUCAGUAGAGAUAGCAUAGGGCUACGAAAAGUCUUGGGGGACAAAUUCUCUUCCUUAAGACGAAAGCUCAGUACAAGAAAAUUGUCUAAAGCUGAAACCUCCCCUUGUCGUUGGAAAUGGGAAGACAAUUAG